AUGUCCAGUGUUGCCGAGAGGACUCGUAAUUGAUCAUUGGAAUGCCGGGCUACACAUAUAAAUGUGGGGCUAACCUAAGUUUCUUUUAAUCACCUUCCUGUCUACCGUAAGGAGGAUCCAGUGCACAACACAUUCUCCACUUACCAUCAACUAGGAAAUAACAAUGGCUAACCCAGAAACCCAUAUCGUCCUCUGUGCACCCUCAAAGCCCAAGGGUGCACCAAGUUUUUCAGGGUUCUGCGAGAAGCUGGAGGCCUUCCUCAGAUACAGCGGUAUCUCGUAUGAACACCGUGAAGUCUAUCCCUAUCAAGGUCCCAAAAAGAAGGUCCCAUUCGCGGAGAUAAGGCAUGAUGGGAAAACUACUAUCGUGGCAGACUCGCAUUUCAUCAUUCGGUACUUGGUCGAAAACAAGCUCGCCAAAGACCCUGAUGAUCUUGCCGAGUUAACUCCCGAGCAAAGAGCGGAAUCCCGAGCUUUCCAGGCAUACGUAGAAGAAACGUUGUACAGUGCGAUCGUUUACGAGCGGUGGCUCGUCCCGGGAAACUUUCAAGUCACAAAGCGAGAUACCUUUGGCAACUUGCCCUGGCUCCUGCAGUAUUUUAUGGGGUGGUACUUCUUGAGGAAAGUUGGUAACAACCUGUGGGCAGCCGGUAUGGGAAGGCAUUCCUGGGAGGAGGUACGGACGCUGCAGAAGGAGGUGCUCGAUGUUCUUGAAGCGAAGUUGCGCAAGCACAAGUACUUCCAUGGAGAUGAGCGACCUUCACGCAUCGACCUUACUGUCUAUGGUUUCCUGGCAAAUAUUCUAACGUGCGAAGGAAACCCUUACUUUACAGACAUGAUUUUGAAAAGUACGGUUUUGUCAUCUUUUGUGAAGGAGAUGACCACUGCCCUCUUCCCGGAGUACAAGGACGUACUGAAAAAAGUUGGAGGAGAUACAUAGUGGAUUGAUUGGAUUGUUCUGUUCCGAACUCCCCUUCCCUCAUGUCGUAUUACCGUAUGGUUCGGCUUUCUUAUGCUUGUCCCUGCCACGUGCCGAGUGAAACUCGGAGUGGUUAUUUUGUUUGGGUACAUACACAUUCUAA